GUCACCGUGUCAGGCUGGAGCUGGACAAUAUCAUGAAGGAAUCAUCUUUUAAAGGAAGAAGAUGUUUCACCAUCUUUCUCCUUCUGCUCACGGCUUUCUUAAUAUUCUUCCAGCUUAACAUAUGGGACACAUUGUUUCAGCCUAAAAUGAGCUCCACCAUCGUCUACCCGAAAGCUACUACUGAACCUCCCAAAGUCCGCAGCAUCUGCAACUUCCCACCAUUGUCCCCUAAGGAUGCUCUGGAGGAACGCCUGCUACUAGAAUCUGUUGCUUGGCCUGAAACUCCUGCAUUGCCAUCUCCUCUUUCCCUGGAGCUGACCAGUGAUCCAGCUCACAGCACUUUCACCAUUCUCCCAGCGAGAGGAGGAGGAGGACAGUGGCACGUAGGGGAUCAGCUGGAAGUUAGCAUCGCCAUCUCUGACUUCAAGGGACAACCCAAGAAGUCUGGGGGGGACUUUUUAUUAGCCCGGCUGCACAACCUAACGCUUGGUGCAGGUGUAGCUGGGAAAGUGGUGGACCAUCUCAAUGGGAGCUACUCUGCUGUCUUUCCUUUACUCUGGGAAGGAGCAGCUCAGGUUGAGGUGACGCUAGUUCAUCCCAGUGAAGCUAUCACAGUGCUGAACAGGUUGACGAGUGAACAACCUGACAGGAUAUUUUUCAAAAGCGUCUUGAGCUUAGGCUCACGCUCUCAAACCACCAUCUGUAACAUGUGCCUGCGUCAAACCAAGCAGCCAAUCUGCGACUUCACCGACCCUCGAACCGGCGAUCCUUGGUUCUGCUACAAUCCAAAGAACAUGAGCUGUGAUGCAAGGAUCGCCCACAGCAUGGCAGGAUACAAACAAACUCCUGCACUGCUCAAGGCCAAGGAGGAUAAGCUCUUUCAAGGUCGUGUCAACUUGAAAGUCCGCAUUCCGGCUUCAGGACCUGCCGGUGUCACUGUUUUACCAAAAAAGGAAGGUCAACCAGAGGUGGAGAGCAGCAUUGUGAACUUUCAAGCCUCUGGCUAUUACUACCAGGGUUUAUGGCGAGCACUAGAUGGCACCAAAGUUCGCCAAUUCACCGGCGCAUCUGCCAUCACUCAGUGUCUAAAAGGCAAAGUGGUCCACCUGUAUGGAGACUCUACCAUCAGGCAGUGGUUUGAGUUCCUCAACGCAGCACUACCAGAUCUUAAGGAGUUUAACCUGGGCAGCUCGAGGACAAAUGGACCUUUCAUGGCCUUAGACUAUGAAAACAAAAUCAUGGUGACUUUCCGCCUCCAUGGUCCUCCUCUCCGUUUUGUCGGCUCAAUUGAAGAAAUUCGUUACAUUGCCAAUGAACUAGAUGACUUAAUCGCGGGUCCCAACAUUGUCGUCGUUUUUGGCAUCUGGGCUCACUUUGGCUCUUUCCCCAUCGAGCUUUACAUCCGGCGGCUACAAAGGAUCCGCAGUGCGGUGGUGCGGCUGUUGGACAGGGCUCCAAAAACGGUGAUCAUCAUCAGGACUGCAAACCCCAAAGCUUUGUUGCUUGAUGUGGCGAUAAACAACAGCGACUGGUUCUCGGUGCAGUUUGAUAAGGUGCUAAGAGCAGUGGCGACCAUAUUUAAAGGACUGAAUGUUCAUCUGAUUGAUGCCUGGGAGAUGGUCCUCGCUCACCACCUGCCAAACAGCCUCCAUCCACAACCUCCUAUUAUUACGAAUAUGAUGGAUGUUCUCUUCUCCUACACAUGUCCUCAAAAGGGCGGCUAGAUAAUAAUAAUAAUAAUAAUACAUUUUAUUUAUCAAGUGCUUUAUCAAGUGCUGAAAGACACAGAGGUAAGGAAAAAGAUAAUAUAAAAAGUAUAUUUAAAAUCGAGCAAUAAAACCACAGUUGUCACAAGGACUUGUCAUCAAUCACACAUUAAAAGCUAGUCUAAAAAGAUGUGUGUUCGUUGCGGGGGAGGAGUGGAGAUUUAAGUCCAUACUGAGAUUAAAUGUUUCUAUGUGUUUCUAUCAAGUGCUGCAUCUUUCGAACAGUCCAUACAAUAGAUUGAUGUUUUCAAAUGUUUUUUCAAUAACUCAAGUUGAGCGAUAUAACAAAUUAUAAUACCAGCCUUAAUAUUAAAUUACAUCCAACAUAACUUCAAAAGUGAUACUGUAUAUUCAUAAAAAUAUAGCUCAGAAGAUUUGAAUGUUUUUUGAAGGAACAGAAACCGGUUAUUUUGAUUGUUAAUGUAUUACACAUAUCAAACAAGAUGCUGUUUUGUCAUCAGAAUUUCUCCUCCCUCCUCACCUGUGUCUUGUUUGUGUGAUUAGUCUUGUGUGCAUUUAAGUUUAAGUAUUUAGGUUUUUCUGUCUGUCAU